GGACUGUAGGCCAGCGACAUCCUCUCAAACACCGGCCCCCCCUGGUCCUCGGAGGGGCGGCAGAGCAGAGAGGAGCCGUCCUUCUGUGCACUCAUGUCGGAGAACAUGACUGUCCUGAAAGCAGAGAAGGUGCUGUCAGAGGCCCAACAUGAGCCGGGCUACUGCUCUUUCUAUGAGGAGUGUGGUCGUAACCCAUCAGUAGAAAACGCUCUGCUUCCUCCCAUCGUCCCCUGUUUGAACUACAGCCCUGCCCGAGCCCUCAGAGGGGAGCACUACAAGAAACUCAAAAAGGUGUGUCCCAUUCUGGACAAAGGAGAGGGCAACACGUUCGCCUGCUGCUCCAUCAAACAACUGUCCUCCCUGGAAAUGAGUCUGACCCUGUCCAAGGCGGUGCUGGUUCGCUGCCCGUCCUGCGCUGAGAACUUUGCCCACCUGCACUGCAUCAACACCUGCAGCCCCAACCAGAGCCAGACAGUGAAGGUCACAAAGGUCAUGAACGUCACGAGCCAGAACCUGACGAGGGAGGUGGUGGUAGGUUACCAGGCGUUCCUCAGCACCAGCUUCGCAGACGGCGCUUUCCAGUCAUGCAAAAGUGUCCGGAUCCCCGCCACGGGAGGCUUCGCCAUCAGCACUAUGUGUGGUCGGUAUGGCGCCAAGCUGUGCACCCCCCAGCGCUGGUAUGACUUCCAGGGAGACUCCAGUAACGGUCUCGCUCCACUGGACAUCGACUUCCAGCUGAAAAAAGAGGGAGACACAGAGGGACUACCCAAGGGCGUGAUUCCCUACAGUGGACGUGCACUGAAGUGUAACGAGACCACGCCUUCCGGAGGUAAGCUCUGCUCCUGCCAGGACUGCCAAGAGUCGUGUCCGAAGAUGCCGCCUCUUCAAUUGCCCCCCGGGCCCUUCAGACUGUUGGGGACAGACGGCUUCCUCGUGAUUUCUAUCGUCUUACUCUGUCUCCUGUUAUUUGCCUUCCUUUUCUUCCUCUCCGUGUCUUGCUUGGUGAGGUCUCAUAAAAGAAAGGAUGAAGAGAAAGGAAAGAGAAAGGACAAAUGUAAAGACCAGAACAGUAAUACUGUGACUGAGCAGCUCAUUGAUCCGUCAGAGGUGACGUGCGCCGAAAGGAACAGCCUGGCUGCUCAAGCUUUCCUAAGCUCGCAGUUUUGCCAUUGGGGAACCCUCAUGGCCACUUAUCCUCUCACGGUGCUCCUGUUGUCGGCUGUAGUCGUGGCUUUUUUCUCUGCUGGCCUCAAGUCCAUCCAGCUCACCACUGACCCGGUCGAGCUGUGGUCUGCUCCCAACAGCCGCGCCCGCCAGGAGAAAGAGUUCCACGACACGCACUUCGACCCCUUCUUCAGGACCAACCAGCUGAUCUUGACCGCACCGGGCAGAAAAGGUCACAUUUACAACUCUUUGCUGUUCGGACCGCAGAACUUCAGCGGGCUUGUAUCCAAAGAUCUCCUCAUUGAGCUGCUGGAGCUCCAGACACGCAUCCAGAACAUUACGUUUUGGUCAGAGGAUCUGAACCGCACAGCCAGUCUGGAGGAUGUAUGCUUCGCGCCGCUGAACCCAAACAACCCGUCGCUGACGGACUGUGCAGUCAACAGCAUGCCCCAGUACUUCCAGAACAGCCUGGACAACAUUAACAUGAAGGCCAACAUGACAGAGCUGGGAGUCACCAAAGAGGUGGACUGGAGAGACCACGUGAUCUACUGCCUCAACUCUCCCCUGUCCUUUAAAGACAUCACUGCUUUAGGUUUGAGCUGCAUGGCGGAUUACGGAGCUCCAGUCUUCUCCUUUCUGGCUGUGGGAGGCUACAAGAAUGACGACUUCACCAACGCUGAGGCUCUCAUCCUGACCUUCUCCCUCAACAACUACGCUCGCAACAGCCCCAAGUACAAAGUGGCUAUGCAGUGGGAGACAGAGUUUCUUAAAAUUGUCCAGGACUACCAGAAGAGCCCGGCCGCCAACUUCACCUUUGCAUACAUGGCAGAGAGGUCUCUGGAGGAUGAGAUUAAUCGGACAACAGCAGAGGACAUCCCCAUCUUCAUGAUUAGCUAUGCUGUAAUCUUUGUGUACAUCUCUGUGGCACUGGGGGAGUAUUCCUCGUGGAAACGCAUACUGGUGGACUCCAAGUUUCUGGUGGGUCUGGGUGGGAUCUUGGUGGUCGGCUGUUCUGUCCUGGCCUCCAUGGGCUUCUACUCCUGGAUCGGCAUCCCCUCCUCGCUGAUCAUUCUGCAGGUCGUGCCGUUCCUGGUGCUCGCUGUGGGAGCUGACAACAUCUUCAUCUUUGUUCUGGAGUACCAGAGAGAUAUGCGGAGGCACGAAGAGACCAGAGAGGAGCAGAUUGGUCGUGUCCUUGGAAACGUAGCUCCCAGCAUGCUCCUGUGCAGUCUCUCCGAGUCUGUCUGCUUCUUUCUCGGGGCCUUGUCCACCAUGCCAGCAGUGAAGACUUUUGCUCUGUACGCUGCUCUGGCUGUGCUCAUGGACUUUGUCCUCCAGAUGACGGCCUUCGUGGCGCUGCUGUCCCUAGACUGCCGCCGCCAAGACAACAACCGCUGUGAACUGCUGUGCUGUGUUACAGUAUCAAACAAGCAUCCCAAGAAGACAAGCGAGGGCUUCCUGCUGCCGUUCAUGAGGAAAUACUACGCCCCUGUCCUCCUGCACCGUUUCACCAGGUUCAUAGUGAUGGUGGUUUUCAUCUUCAUGCUCUGUGGCUCCGUAUUCCUCAUGUUUAAUGUGAAAGUGGGUCUGGAUCAGGAGCUGGCUAUGCCUCAGGGCUCUUACAUGCUGGACUAUUUCAAGUACCUGUUCAAAUACUUUGAAGUCGGAGUCCCUGUUUAUUUCGUAACAAAGAAGGGCUUCGACUUCACCACUACGAAGGGCAUGAAUGCGGUCUGCUCCAGCGUGGGCUGCGAUCAGUUCUCGCUCACCCAGAAGAUCCAGUACGCCACCGACCACCCUGAACUAUCCUACUUGGCUAUUCCUGCUAACUCCUGGGUAGAUGAUUUCAUUGACUGGCUGAACCCUGGAUCCAGAUGUUGUCGUCUGUACUCCUUCGGUCCAAAUGCUGGAAAGUUCUGUCCUGCAAGCCAAUCUCCGUUCCUCUGUUCCAAGAAGUGCCUUGCUACUCCUCCAGAUGGCGUCCUGAGGCCCACUAAGGAAGAAUUUAACCGCUUCCUGCCGAACUUCCUGGGUAACAGGCCUGACCUGCAGUGCCCCAAAGGUGGUCUUGGCGCCUAUGACAAAGCUGUGGUGAGAGAUCAGAGUGGAGAAAUUAUAGCCUCUCGGUUCAUGGCUUACCACACGACUGUCUCCAACUCUCAGGAGUUUACUGCUGCACUUCUGAAGGCCAGAGAGCUGGCCCACAACAUCACAAUGGGCAUGAGGGAAAUACCAGGCACCUCACCUGACUUUGAAGUAUUUCCUUACACGGUGACUAAUGUAUUUUAUGAGCAGUACCUGACCAUUGUGCCAGAGGGACUCUUCAACAUCUCCUUGUGUCUGCUGCCGACCUUUGUGGUGUGCUGUCUGCUGCUGGGUCUGGAUCUGCGCUCCGGCCUGCUCAACCUAGUAACCAUAAUCAUGAUCACCGUGGACACUGUUGGUGUCAUGACACUGUGGGGCAUCGAUUACAACGCAGUCGCCCUUAUCAAUCUGGUCACGGCGGUGGGCAUCUCUGUGGAGUUUGUGUCUCAUAUGACGAGAUCCUUUGCACUCAGCACCAAACUCACACAUGUAGAAAGAGCGGCGGAGGCCACGGCCAACAUGGGCAGCGCCGUGUUUGCUGGUGUUGCUAUGACUAACCUGCCAGGCAUCCUCGUGCUGGCGUUCGCCAAAGCGCAACUCAUCCAGAUCUUCUUCUUCCGAUUAAACCUGAUCAUUACACUUUUGGGGAUGGCUCACGGACUCGUAUUCCUCCCUGUGCUGCUCAGCUACUUUGGUCCUGAUGUUAAUAAAGCCGUGCUGCUGCAGCUCCAGCAGGACAAAGCGAAGGCCUCUCAGGAGAUGGAGAAGAGAAACAACAUGAGACACUUCUACGAAAACCUGAGCUUUGAAGGCAAAGAGAUAAAACAGGAGCCAGACUCAAACCCCACAAAGGACACGCUUUCACCAAUCAAAGAGAACCAAGAGGAGGACCAAGAGGAGACAAUUAGUCGUUUAUGAGCGCCAAUAACAAAACUGUUAAACUCUGACGAGUGAAGUGCAAGUGUAAUAAACUGAACCGGGAGAAGGACAGAGACUGCACACAAGGAGUUAUUUAUUUGGCGCCGUAUAGAAAUCAUUAACUUUUCUAUUUACCUCAAUCACAAAUGGACCGGCGGGACUGAAGACGACACAGUUGUGCAAUAUUUCAGAGCAAAGCAAAGAGCGGACGAUCGCAAAGAGGGUCAACCUUCCUGCCUCAACAUGAGCAAACUACACGUCUGUCUUCACAAGCGCCGCCGCUGGGAUGGAGUCGUUGCUCGAUUGUGGAAUUAUUUGACCAGACGGGGAGUCAUUUUGUAUUUUUUGUAUUAAAUGUAAUUGUUUUGUAUGUGAAUACUUCACAUUAGGACUGUUUAGUGAUUCAAGGUGACACACACACACUCCAGUGUUUCAUGUCUUUAAUCGCAGUACGAUGGUUUUGCUGUAAAAUGUGUAAAAGUCAGUGAAAAAGUAUUAAAUGUGUUUAAACAUUUGGCAUCAUAAUAGUUUUAGUUUGCGGAUGUUUUUAUUUGUACAGCACGUUAUUGCCCUUGUGUCAUGAGAAAUAAAAGCUGCCACAAGAAGAUAAAAUGUGUGAGCGCUUCUUCAAAGUCAAAGCUAAAACAGAACGAUCGGAGACCUUUGUUCGAGUUAAUUCAGAUAUAAGUUACAAAUGAAAAAGAAAUAAAGAAA